AUGCAGACCGUCGCGGUGUUCGUGGCCCUCCUGGGCCUGUCGGCGGUGAGCGUCUCGAGCGCCUCCAAGUACAGCCCGGGCACGUGCCACUGCGACUGCUGCGCGCCGGUGGACGGGGGCGAGAAGGAGUGCACCGCUCCCGUGGGCUCGCUCCACAGCCAGACCAAGACCGACGUGUGCCUCGCGGUGUUCUGUACGGAGGGCGACACGCUGGGGGCACAGAAGCAGGCGUUCAGCAACUUCUGCAGCUCCAAGUGCUUCCCGGACACCGCGGUCCCGACCACGUGCCGCCCGAAGGACUGCACGGACCAGGGCGUGAACGUGCACUGCGAGUGA